AUGUCGGACAGCCCCCAAGCAGCACCACAGGCUGACGCCGCUGCAGCCAGCACCACCGGCGGCGCAGAAAAUGAAGAAGACGAGUGCUGCGCCAUCUGCCUCGACGCAUUGAAUGACGAGGUCGGUCGCCCCGAGACGUGCCGCCACCGCUUCCACCUGUCGUGUUUGCUGGAAUGGGCACGCAUCAACACGCUGUGUCCCUACUGCAAGGGCGCGUUCUCGGCGGUCAUUGGCGACGACGGGAGCCGGACGGACAUCGCGCCCGUGGACGACGACGACGACGACGACGAGAGCGAGAGCGAAGACGAGGACGUCUGCGCGGCCUGCGGCUACGGCGGCGAGCUCCUCAUCUGCGACGGCGAGGGCGAGGACUGCGUGGGGCUGCUGCACGUGGCCUGUGCGGGUUUAGAUGAUGUCCCGGAGGGCGAGUGGUUCUGCGCCCCCUGUGAGGCGCGCAGGGCCCGCAGGGCGCGCCACGAGGCCCACGCGCGGCGCGUGGCGGAGGCCGCAAACGCGGCGCCGAGUCCCGCGCCGCCGCGGCGGCGGCGGCGCACGUCGGCGGCGGCGCGGCGCGCGCGGGCCCGCGGCGCGGCGAGGGACGCGCGGCGCGCGUGGCGCGAGCCGACGCCGCCCGCGCCGGCGUGGACGCAGCCGGCGCCGCCGGCCGAUCUGGCGGCGGCGGCGGCGCGCUACCUCGGG